AUGGAAGAUGAUAUUUCAUUACUUGAUACAACAAAUGCUUCAAUGGAUGCAAAUCUUCUAACAAAAGCAUCAAACGAUGAAAUUGUUGUGCUAAAUGAAUCGGGAUUUGAUGAAAAUAUCACUGAAAAAGACGGUGUUCCAAAUAUUUGUGAGACUGGUUAUGAUUGUAUUCGAUAUAUGGGAGCAUGUUCAGCUGGUUUUGUAUAUUUGGGAAAAAGUAGGAAAGGAUUGCGAGAUUUUGUUGCGAUUAAACGAUUUAGAGUUGAGGAACCGGAGGAAUAUGCAAUGAUUGCGGUGAGAUUUUGGAAUUUAGAAAAAAUAUAUCUAGGAAGUCUGAUUGUUCGAAAAAUCCAGAAUUCCCUUUUUCUUUUGCAGAAAGAAGCAUCAAAUAUGAGAAUGUUAUCACAUCCAAAUAUUCAAGAACUAGAAAGUUGUUUUGUUUAUGAUCAUUCAAUUUAUAUGAUAACUCCAGCAAUGAAUUUGGGAUCUUUGAAAGAUUUAUUAUCGAAUUGGCAUAUGUUUGGAAUCACUGAAAAAGCGGCUGUUUGUAUAUUUGGACAAGUUAUUGAUGCACUUUUUUAUAUUCAUAAAAAACGAUAUGUUCAUAGGUUAGUUUGGAUUUUUGAAGAAAUCUUGAUUUUAAGAAGCCUAACUCUAGCCAUAAUCUAACUUUAAAAAAAUAUAAUUUCUAAAUUUGCAGAGAUAUUCGUCCACGUCACAUUCUGAUCGAUUCAACAGGAAAUGUAAAAUUAUCAGGAUUUCGUCACAUGAUCGAAUUAAAUUAUCGACUAGAUUGUGUAUUCGAAUUCGACACUCAUUUACACAAUCAAAUAUAUUAUUUUGCACCCGAAUUACUCGCUCAAAAUAUGCAUGGAUAUGGCACAAAAUCCGACAUUUAUAUGCUUGGAAUAAGUUUGUGCGAAAGUUUGAAUGGAUUGAUUCCGUAUGUCGAAACAGAACCAUUGGAAAUGUUGCAUUUGAAAAUGAGAGGAAGAGUUCCCCGACCAGUUGAUUCGACGAGUUUGAGAGAUGAUCAAAAAAUUGGAAUUGAUAUUUGUAAGAGCUUUAUUUUUGCUGUGAAUAAAUUGAAUCACAAGUACUCUUUUGCAGCGGGAAGACCCAAAGAACACUUGGAACGAACUUUUUCACCGGAAUUACAUGAUUUUGUUGGAAAAACACUGAUUCAGGAUGCCGAACAUCGGCCAUCUGCCAGAGAAUUGAAAGAAUCUGCGUGGAUGAAUUUUAAAACCUAUAAACUUGCCAAAAAAGCGGAUUUGAUUGAAGAAUUGAAGUUGAAUGCGGCCGAUUUUGAUUUGAAACGAUUUGAGCAGGGUGAGAGCAUUUUUAGGGGAAAUUUUGAAGGUUUUUCAUUGAAAGAUGUGAAAACUUGUUCAAAAAUUUUAAAAUGUUUGAAGUUAUGUUUUUCCUGGAAAAAUUACGUUUCACGUGAUUUCGAAAAUUUAUUGGAAAUUUCAAUUUUCAAGGAAUAGAGAUUUCAAACCUGGACAGACAUGUUCAAAAACUGUACAUAAUAUUUUUUGGACACCAGAUGUCCAGGUGUGAGAGAUUUCAUCUCUUGUCUUUCUUUUCUCUCUUUUUUUUAACCAUAAAAUUGUGUUGCGAAACACAUAGCAAAUAACCAGGGAAAUGUCGGUCGCUCAUUUUGACUAGGGUAUAUAACCACAUUUUCAUUUUAUAAUUUUCAAUACAAUCGGUCCGGAGUUGUUGGGUUAUCUGAAACCCCCAGCAACGCUCACUUGACUGCUUGUGUUUUUGCAAUUUAUUGGGAGAUAUGACGUGUCAAAUUUUAAAUUUUUUGAAAUAAGUUUGCUUUUUUAUUCAUUUUUAAUUAUUAAAAAAAACUGCUGACCCCCAAAAUUAACAAAUCGUGGGCGAAAUUUUAGCGUGGUAUUUAUUUAUCACUUUUUCGCCCCAAAAUUAUCAUAUAAUUGUUAUUUUUAACAAAUAAUUAAUUAGUCAAGCGUUACUAAUUAAUUUUUUUCUUUUUUCUAGAAUAAUAUGCACGGUCAUCAAUAUGACGCGAAUCAUUUUUUUUCUUGAUAAUAAUUUGAUGUUUUCGAUAUGCUUUCAACUGUGGAAAUUAGUCAUUUCGUGAAGAAUUUAGAGAACUUGAAGUUAAUUUCGGUUGAAUGGAUUUGUCACGAGAUGUUUUUCGAGAAGAAGUAAUCAUAGAUUAUUAAAAUCCAAUUUAGAAAACACUCUAAAUAGAAUUUUCAUGGUAAAAAACUGGGAAAAACAUAAUAAAAUUUGCCACCACAUAACUCAAUAAAAUACAAAAAACACAAGCAGUCAAGUGAGCGUUGCUGGGGGGUUUCAGAUAACCCAACAACUCCGGACCGAUUGUAUUGAAAAUUAUAAAAUAAAAAUGUGGUUAUAAACCCUAGUCAAAAUGAGCGGCCGACAUUUCCCUGGCUAUUUGCUAUGUGUUUCGCAACACUUUUUUUGGUUUGAAAAAAGAAAGACAAGUUAUGUAAUCUCUUACACCUGUACAUCUGGUGUCCAAAAAUAUUUUGUAAACUUUAUGAAAAUGUUUUUCAAGUGUGAAGUAUCUAUUUCUUUGAAAAUUUGAAAAAUGGGAAUCCAAAUAAAAUUUGAAAACCUUGAAAUUUUUAUUUAAUUUUUUCUUCGAAAUCACGUGAAACGUAAUUUUUCUAGGAAUUUUUUAUCAAUACUCAGCACUUGACUCUGUAGACUGACUGUACAAAUUGAAGAAGUGUGAAUACAGCGAAUGAACGCUGUACCUACACUUUUUUCCCGAAAAUCGUAGGUUCAUUUUAUCUUCAGCGUAGCUACGAAAAAAUCAAAUUCGUAGCUACGCAGAUGAUAAAUCGUUAUUACGCACACCUGAAAUUCUGACGAGAGCUGCCAAGCGUCACACAAUCAGAGAUGAAAACGUAGGUACAGCGUAUCUACGCUGUAGCUACACAAUUCGCGGACAGAAAUUAAGUGAAGUGACCGCUCUAUAAAUAUUAUUUUUGAAUCCGUAGCUACGCCGUUGCUGUUCUGUAGCUACUUUGUAGAUAAACGGAUGUUACUUAUGUGCAAUUCUCUCUUCCCCGUUUCCGUACAAAGUAUCAACGAAAUUUGUACAGUCAGUCUACAGAGUCAAGUGCUGAGUAAUCUAAUGGGAUUAAUAAUUUUUUAAAAUAAAUCCAAAUUUAAAAUAAAAUAAAAUCAUGUGAAUUGGCCAAAGUUUGUCCGGGUGAAUAUUAGCGCUGAAAAUCUUUAAAAAAAUUUCUCUUCGAAAUUCAGAAAAAGUUCAAAAUUAAUUUGGAAACAGUGUCUCAUUUCCAGAACCAAUAAUGCCAAUUCCUCCCGUACAAACAUAUCAAAUAGCUUUUGAUUAUUCAUCAAUCAAUUAG